AUGAUCAGCCCGCCGAUUCGUUUGGCUUCCGCCACGAUAGGUAGAGCGAGCUUUCGGAUGUUUUUGAGUGCCAGUGGAACACAGUGCCAGUGGAACUGUCGCUGGUCCACAACUGCCGCUUUCAAACAUCUCGAUAAGCUGAUCAUCGAAACACCCGACGAUGCAAUGGAGAUCGCCAGUCGUCUAUCUGCAACUGAACAGCUCAUGCUGAAAACAGCUAUCGAUGAUUGUCUAACAAGGAAGGAGAAGGAGAAAGUGGAAGAAUUGACGAAAGAACAAGUCAAAGGGAUUUUUCUAGUCAACUCGAUCCCGUUCAUAGGAUUUGGCCUUCUCGACAACAUGAUCAUGAUUCUUGCCGGAGAGUACAUUGAUCAGAAACUCGGAGCUGUUCUUGCGAUUUCGACUAUGGCAGCCGCUGCGCUUGGAAACCUGAUAUCGGAUAUCGCUGGGGUCGGUCUAGCUCAUUACGUUGAAGUCGCGGUCCAGCGUGUUGGAAUCAAACAUCCAGUUCUGACAGCUGCACAGGUCGACAGUGGAAGAGCAAGGUUCACAACCAAUGCAGCCCGAGCAGCUGGACUGACGAUCGGCUGUCUACUUGGAAUGUUUCCAUUGCUCUUUUUCAACGAUGACGACGGCGAAGAUAAGAAGAAGAAUAAAGAGACAAAAAUAGUAGCUGUAGAAUAG